UUUCUUUGCGUCUCUUUUUUUCCUAUCUCACAAAGUGAUUUUCUUCUUGCUAUCUUUUCAAAGGUUUUAUAUAUAGACUUAUAUAUAUAUUAUUUUCUUGAUCACUAAGCAUUAUCACACUUGGAACAAAUGGCCGAGAUGGGUAGCAUUCUUGAUUUUCUCGAUAACAAAAGCAUUCUAGUCACCGGUGCUACUGGUUUUCUCGCUAAAAUAUUUGUGGAGAAGAUUCUAAGGGUUCAACCAAAUGUAAAGAAGUUAUAUCUUCUUGUCAGGGCUGCGGAUGCCAAAUCCGCAUUGCAACGCUUCAACACUGAGGCAGUGGCAAAGGACUUGUUUAAGCUGUUAAAAGAGAAGUAUGGUACAAAUCUGCAAUCGUUCUUGUCGGAAAAGGUUACUCCGGUCGCCGGGGACAUAACAAAAGAAAAUCUAGGAAUAAAAGACGACAAUUUGAUUGAAGAGAUGUGGAGAGACGUUGAUGUUGUUGUGAAUGUAGCUGCCACCACCAACUUUGAUGAGAGGUACGACAUUGCUCUAGCUUUAAAUGCAUUUGGAGCAAGAAACGUUUUCAAUUUUGCUGCCAAGUGCGUCAAUAUAAAGUUGCUUCUUCAUGUAUCCACUGCUUAUGUCUCUGGUGAGAAACCGGGGCUUAUACUAGAAACUCCAUAUCGGUUAGGGGAGGCACUUAACGGCGCACCUGGACUAGACAUCGAUACUGAGAAGAGGAUCAUUGACGAAAAAUUGAAAGAACUUAGCUAUGAUGAAACUGCCACAGAGAAAUCUAUUACAUUGGCCUUGAAAGAUCUGGGCAUUGAAAGGGCAAACAAAUUUGGAUGGCCAAAUACAUAUGUUUUCACAAAGGCACUAGGAGAAAUGAUUCUUGGGCACCUGAAAGGCAAUAUGCCGUUGGUCAUCCUUCGGCCUACCAUUAUACUUAGCACGUAUAAGGAACCCUUUCCUGGUUGGAUUGAAGGUGUACGGACAAUUGAUAGCUUGGCACUUGGUUAUGGCAAGGGCAGGUUAUCGUGCUUCCUUGGCGACCCCGAAUCCACAAUCGAUGUGAUACCGGCGGACAUGGUGGUGAAUGCUAUGAUCACGACAAUGGUAGCCCAUGCAAAUCAACCAUGUGAAAUGAUAUAUCACGUUGGAUCGUCGGUAUCAAACCCUUUGAAGUACAAAGGAAUCCAAGAAAGUGGUUAUGAGUAUUUUACAAGGCAUCCAUGGGUGAACAAAUCUGGUAAGCCAGUGAUUGUUGGCGAGAUUAAGGUGUUAAACUCCAUGGAGAGCUUUCAUCGAUACUUUGCUCUUCGUUACAUGAUACCGUUACAGGGUUUGAGCGUCGUGAAUUCGGCAUUAUGCCAUGCUUUCAAUGGAACGUGUACAAAUCUUAAAAGGAAGAUCAAUUUUGUUCUACGGGUAGUUGAGCUAUACAAACCUUAUUUGUUCUCAAAAAGCUUCUACGACGAUAUGAAUACUGAAAAACUACGCCGUCAACUGGUUAGAGAAAACGGGGAUGAAUCAAAUAUCUUCUAUUUUGAUCCAAAAUCAAUUGAUUGGUAUGAUUAUUUUGUGCGUAUACACCUUCCUGGUGCUGUGAAGUACGUGUUUAAAUGAUUGCAGGCCGAUCGAUCGAGCUCACAAUGUCAAGUUGAUGCAUAUGUAUUCUCGUUCUUUUUACAAGUGUGUCAUAAAUAUAUAUAUAUAUAUAAUAUUUAUCUUUUAUUUUAUUGUAUAUAUAGUCGUUGAUUGAACGGCAAAUAUAUACAUUCUAAUUAAGGACCAAAAAUCUCCUCUUCUGUGUAACUACAUGUAUGUAUGUGUAUUAGCAUUAUUCAUUAAUUAAGAAUUCAAGAUAUUUGUUGUGUCAAAAUGA